CGAGCACCAGCCACCCCGCAGCGCAAAGUGAAGGCGCAUCCAUUUGACGAGGCGCGUCCCAUUACGGUCUAAUUCUAUCGUCGAAGAAACGCCUUUCUCUUCGAUGCGCUGAAGUGCGCGCACAGCUCCUUCCCUCGACGCGUUGCGCUCCUUCCACCAUGGCCGACAACAGCAACUACCCUCCAGCCGGAAUACCCUUUCCCUUUCCAUUCCCACAGAUGCAGCAGCCACCCAACAGCACGCAUCAAGAUGGGCAGCCGCAACAUGCCCCUCCACCACCGCCUGGCUGGAAUGUGCCCGGCCUCCAACAGUUUCCUUCACAACCGUACGCGCCCCAACCCGGCCAUGCUGAGAAUCUGAACAGCUUGCCCCCGUUCCCUUCUGCUGGUUUAAGCUGGCCUCCGCAAAUACCCACCGAGUGGCUGCAGAUGAUGCAGACCAGCAUGCAAGCUGGCAUGGUACCUCCACCGCUACCUGGCAUCAGCUUCCCGCCGCCCUCGCACCCUCAUACGCCGCAAGCGCCAGCGACACCGGUUGCAUUCUCGCCAUUUCCACCGCAAUUGAGACCCCAACCAGCAGCUGCAUUUGCUUCUGCUGCUUCGGUCGAACGCUUACAGGAAGUGAUGGACAGUGACAGAGAGGAUGGCGAGGUCAGUGACGCUGAGGCCAGUUCAAGAAUGCCAGCAGGUAUCGCCAUGCGCCAUAGGUACCCAGAGCCGCCGCGCUCUGCACCUCAGCCCGCAGCCACGUCCUCUCGUGCAGAGGAGACUUACAAUCCAGACAGGCCCUCUCUUGGUCAGAAAACGCCACAAGUCUCUGUACCAAAAGUUGCGCCACAGCAAAGUGUAAUUUUGAGUGAGGUAGACCAGGUGCAGCUACAGCGCGAGGAGGCGAAGCAGUUCAUUCGGCUUUUGAACGCCAACAAUGUCGGCUACCAUGCUUUAGCCAAGGAGAAUAUUGAUGUCGAGCUUCUCAGGAGCAUGUAUCGCAGUAUGAAUCUGCCGUCUGAGCCAGAGCCUAUCCCACUGCCCAAGACCAAUGGUGCAGCUGCGAAUCCAUCGGCAGAGACCCAGCCAAAGGCGGUGUCUUCUGUUUCUACCAACAUUGCUGCCGCAUCUGCUGCGAGCGCUGCGGCGUCACCGGUGGACCGAAAGGAUUAUCUUGCACGCCUGCAGGCGGCUAAACUGGCUAGACAGACCGGUCCAGCCAAGGCAAGUCCUUCUCAAAAGUCACCGCCCGCGACCGCCGUGUCGCCUGCUCCGGAAAACGGCACACCGCAGGCGACUAUGACACCGACACGAAAGUCACAGGUCACGGACGAGCAGAAGGCACGCCAGACGGAGCUGAUUAAGCAGCGACUGGAAGCACUCAAGGCGCAGAGCAAGCAGGCCGCCACACAGAAGUCUGGGCUGUCACAAUCACCGCAGCUGCCUCCUGCGCCUAGUGCGAACGCUCCAGCCCCACAGACGCCAGCCCCGAGCUUUUCGAACAUACCUGGUCUAUUCAUGCACGGCCGUUCGAGUUCGGGCAACGGAGCCUCGACGCCAUCAAGUCAACCGCAAGCCGUGCCGCAAAAGCGCCCGGCACCCUCAGACACUUCUGUGUCCACACCUCCAGGGUCGGUGAUGCCCUACAAUCGUCAAUUCGGCCAAUCCCCACACCCACACAACGAAGAUUCCAUGAUCAUCGAAGUGAGCGACGAUGAAUCCAAUGGUAGCGACAUGGACAUCGAUGAAGAUCAGGGGUCAUCGACUUCGACUGCUAUUCGACAGGCUCCUACCUCUAUACCCGGAUUUACUCCCCGUCAAUAUCCCGUCCCUGCUGCAGCAUCUGCAAUGAGCACACCUGGUCCGCAAACGCCUGCAACCCUAGCGCGUACUGGGGAGCUCAGCACCAAGGAGCAGGAGCUCGCGGCUCUCAAGUUGACACUUAAGAAGAAACUCGCAGAACAAAAGAGGAUCAAGGAAGCCGCAGAAGCUGCAUCCGCUGCAACCACUUUACAGCAAGGAACGCCUUCAAAGCAAGCUCAACUGACACCUCUUGCCCGCACGCAAGAGGCAGCUGCACCUGCAACUGGCUACUCGCGAGACAGGAAGCGGCGCCGUCGAACAGAGAUCCAAGAGCAGUUGCCUACUCUUGACGAUGAGAUCGCCAGCAAUGAAGCAGAAAUGGCACGACUUGCGAAAGACCUGGAGCGACUGAAGGCAAACAACGAGCGGAUCAUGCAAGAUAAGCAGCGAUUGACCAAAGAGCUGGAAGACCUUGGCAUAGACACUGAAGGCAUGUCGCAUGCUGAUAUGCGGGCGACAAAGAAUGAGAUUGAGCGUGCUAUCUCACCUGAGAAUGAGGCUGCUCCGCAGACCGAUCUGCUUCCGUCAGCGCUGCCUUUGGGUGAAGAGCCCGGUGCUCCGAUCACAGCAUCUGCCGAGACAGGAGCUGAUCAGGGCAGUGAGAUGUCCACGACGCAUACUGCGCCAUCAAACAGUAGUCAGCCCACUCCAUUACAAUACGGACUUCUCCCUGGGCUUGGACGGGCUGCAUCUCAAGCAUCUGCCUCUACUAAUGUGCGGGUUGCGCAGCAGCCUGUGCAAGAGCAGUGCGCAAAUCCGGUCAGCAAUCUACAAUCGACAGCAAGCUACCGUGAGCCGCCCGAGGGACCAGAUAGGGUCGCUGCCAGAAACGAUCGCGCGUCAGCUACCCCUAUGGACGAUGACGAAGACUUCUACUCACCGCCACCGCUGAGCGAGAGCGGUGUGAACGUUAAAGCCGCUGGAGCGGAAGUGCCUAAGCCUCAGGCUGAACAGGCUGUCAUGAGUGCUCCGUCGCCGUCUGAGGAAGGCGAGGUCGAGAUGUCGGAGUCGUCCGAAGGGGAAGAUGAGGAGGAAUACGAACCAGAAGAAGAUAUCGUGGAAGAGCCUGUCAUCGGAGAACCGAUCGCCAAGGCACCUCCUAUCAACGAUCCUGAUCCUGUCUCUUCACCACACCAAGGUCCACCACCAGAAUUGCAAGUCGAGCAACCGCAAUCUAUUGGGCAAUCUCAGGUAUCAACCGAAGACGAGGAGGCUUAUGAGCCGCCAGAUGUCAAUGAAGAGAUGACCGAAGGCGGACCCGCAGCCGAGAUCGCACAAGCUGAGACCGUUGUACCCGAGGCUUCGUCUCCAGGUGACGCAGACGAUGGGGCCAUGGACAUUGCCACUUCUUCGGAGGAGGAGUCAGAUGAUUCAGACUCGGAAUCAGAUGAAGAAACACAGUCAGAGCUCGGAGGCCCGGAGUCGCAGACACGUGCGGCCUCACAAGAUGAUAAUAUUGCUGACGAUUUAGCGCCUGAGCUGCAGCUAGAAACUUCUGUGGCGACUGUACCAGCUACUAGGCACAUCGAAGAUGUACCCGUCGCUGAGGAAGAGUCUGAGCCACCUCGCUUCACUCCCUAUCAGAGCCCCCUUCGCAUGUUCAAGUCUUAUCGUUACCACCCCCAGUAUUUGCAAGAUGUCGAUGGCGGCUUCUUGUCCAUGACCUUUAGCCACCAGAUCGACGCUGAGAAGCUUUUGUGUCCCUUUGAAUCUGCAGGCGGAUCUUGCAACGACCCCGAGUGCCCCAACCAGCAUUUCCGGGGCAUGGGUAUUACUGGUGAGAAGCUCCUCCUCCAGCUCGGAACCGCCAAUCCUGGCAAGACGCAAGAAGAAAAGCAGCAGUGGAACGACGGUUUGCGCAGCGUUUUGAAGGAUCUCCGCCAAAGGAACAUCAAGGACCCUAACGGCAUUGCGCGAGAGAUCGCCAAAUAUCGUCGGCAGUUCCUGAACGACGACACUCGGGUUGUCAACCUGUGAGAUUGUAGACCACGUGCAGAGUAUUGACCCGGUUGUCCAUACUCUGCCAUUGACUUUAACUUUACAGUACAUUGCUCCCCAUCCGCUUUCCUACAUACAUAGCCAAUCAAGCGAUUGGCUUUCAACAGUCGCCGGCCCCAGUAAAUGUCCGAAUGGCGCAAGGCGCAUGUCUUUUGGACCGUAAGCAUCGAUACCCUAUGCAUUGGGACGGAGUUCGGUCUCGCUUAGGGCCCAGGCAUUGGGAGCUCUCGUAUGUGAUUUGAAUACCGCAAAAGCCACCAAUGCCGUUCCUGCUACCCCUGGCAUCUUGACAAGGCCACUCGACUGUCAGCCUCAGCCGUCUAGUCCAAGAGAUUUGGUCAUCUCAACGUGAGACGAAAUGAGAGCUACGGGAUCGCGGCGGCCGCGGCGGGCUUCGGCUAGGUAGAUAAAGAAAUACAUCUGGUACUUGAA